AUGUCGACUAUUUUAUUAUUAUCAUCAUUAUUUAAUUCUACAACAACUCAAGAAAAUUUGUUCAUAUCUACUACAACAACAACAUCAAAUAAACCAACAGAUGCUUAUGAUCAUCAAGGUGCUGCAAUUUAUAUAGCUAUUAUUCUUGUUUGGUAUUCAACUGGUUUAGCUAUGAUGCUUUUUCUUCAAGUACGUCCACGUGCAUUACAACAACAAUAUUUAUAUGAUUCAUCAAGAAAAGAUCGUCUUGAAAAAAUUACAACAAAUCCAUUUAAAAAAAAAUAUCGUAAUAUUGAUGCUGAUAAUACAACAAAACAAAUAUUAAAUGAAUUAAAAGAUCCUCAACGACGACUACGUUUAUGGAAAAUAUAUUAUGCAUCAUCAGAAAAACAAAAUGAACCUGAUCCACAAUAUUAUCAAACAAUUACAUCUGAUAAUGCAACUAUUAAUAGAAUUAAUAGAAAAUUAGCUGAUAUACAUCGAAUGGAUUCAACUAAUGAUAAAAAUUUAUUAAUAUCAUCAAAUAUUACUUCAACAAAUGAUAAUCGUUCAUUAAUAUCUACAUUUGAUUCAACAAAAUUUUUUCCUAAACGUUUUCCUACAUUACGUCGUCCACCUACUACUAAUACAACAACUAAUAUUCGACCAUUAUUUAUUCGAGCAAAAUCUCAAAUAGAUGAACCAUUAUCUAAUACUACUAUUGAAAUGAAACCUCGUAUUGAUAGACAACAAUUAUUAUCAUCAACUAAUUAUUCUGAACGAAAUACUACACCUUCGGAUAGAUUUACUAUCGAAAAAGUAUCUGAUAAUAAUACAAUGCAAACUAUUGUUAAUAAAAAUACAUUUGAAUAG